AGCAUUAAUCAAGCGGAAGAUUUGCUACUUAAGCACUAUUUCUCAUAAGCAGUGAGUCGCCAAGCAGGAACAGCAUUUCGACAUCAAGAAGCGCAAGUGUUGCACAGAAAGCACUCUAUUCACUUGAAUCAUUUUCCUCGGUGGCAUCAACAACGACAAAAUGCAAAAGAUCGAGACAGCAGAACAGUACGCGGCUGCCAAAAAGGCAGCUGAGGGUGCUCGUGGCCUCGUCGUCCACUUUAGCGCCACGUGGUGUGAACCGUGCAAAGCGGUGAACGAGUUCCUGGAGAAGCAGUCGGGGAUGUAUGAAGGGCGCGUGGCCUUUGCUGAAGUGGACUGCGAGAAGCUAGGGGAUGUUUGCGAGAGCGAGGACGUCAAUUCGGUGCCUUUCAUCGCUUUUUUCCGAACACCCAUCGCAGGCGAGACUCGUCGCAUGGAGCGCGUGGCGGAUGUGGUAGGCGCCAAGCUGGACUUGAUCGACAUGAAUAUUCGCUCCCUCUUUGGCGACAACGGAGGUAAGGGUGUUCAGCGUGAGGAUUUUGCCUCCGUGGAUGACUACCUUAAGUAUUUGACCACACGCAAAGGUGUGGUGAUGUUCAUCACGGGCACCCCGUCGCGUCCUCGCUGCGGCUUCACCGGCCGCCUGUGCGAGCUGAUCCACGAGUUGGGUGUGCCGUUCACCUACUACGAUGUGAUGGCGAGCGAUGAGGUGUGUGAGCGACUCAAGACGUACGCGAAUUGGCCCACCUACCCACAGGUCUACGUCGAUGGCGAGCUGAUUGGCGGGUGGGACAUCUGCCGCGAACUCAACGAGGAAGGCGAGCUGAAGGCCACACUCAAGUACUAG